AGGACGGGUCACGGGAGAAGUGAAGGAGUCUGUGAGCCAGUAAUGGAUAGUCAUUGUUUUUGGCAGUCUUAAAUAUUGUUGAUGGUGGAUUAUCCGACAUGGACUGCGACGACCAACCCUUGCCUGAUGAAGACACCUGCACCCAUUCACUGACUGAUGAGUCUAGUUGUCAAGCUGGUUUCGUUCUGGACUACAGUGAAAUGGAAGAGAGCGGCAGGGAAGAAGAUGGCAAAGAUCUCGACAUUAGAUACGAAGAAACUGAGGAUCGUUCUACUAAAAGGCAGGAAGAAAUCAUCAGCAAUCUUGGGCUAACAGAAUACUUCGAAGAGAACAAGGAAAUCUCUGUGCAAACAGCAAUGAUCCAGUCUUCAAAUCAGCGAGAUUCAAUGGUUGACAUACCGUGGUUUGUCCUUCUGAAGUUACUGAUGUUAGAUUACAGGGGAAGAGAUGACAUCGUUUCUGAUGUUAUCAGAAAUAGUUCCCCAACUGUUGAGGAUGUGUCAACAAAUCAAAGUGGUUUUAUGAGUGGUCUAGAUGAUAUAUUCUCGCAACUUGAAAAUGAAACUUCCUCGACCGAGCAGUCUCACUUGCCACACCCUAUGGAUGUCCUCACUACUUUGAUCUUGUGCUCUUCAAAUUUCCUAAGACAAAUUCUCUGCGAAAAAUUAUAUAUGUGUAAGUUAAGUAUUCCUCUAAUUAUCCCUCAAGUCUUAGAAAAAGAUUCUAUGUUCCUACUUUGGUCCUUGCGAAGCACUAUUUUGGAACACAGGCUUCCAAGUGGUGAGCUAGGCGAGGCUUCAGUUGUGAAAUGCCAUAUCCCCAUAGUGUCAUGCCUAAGGCUGGGAGAAAUUUCAAGAUCUAAAUCAAGAUUCUUGAAUGAAAUCAUCAAUGACCAGAACCAUCCCACCUUUUUCCACCGAGAUUGCAUGAAUGGGAUGUACCAGAGAAUUCUCUCAGAAGGUGCUUUGGAAAUUGCCUGGUACUACCCUGUAGAGGAGAACAGAGAUAGUGAUUGCUUAGGCAGGAAUGUGGCAAUCAUGAAUCUUCGAGGAGAUGGAAAAUUAGACAGAGCAUUUAAGGGGAAGAAAUUCCUAUGCACGGUUUCUAACGUUGUCUUAGUGAUCAUCGAUGUUGAUGAGUUAAGAAAUCCAGACAGCAUGGAGAGUUUGAGGUUAAUUGUAGUUACCAAUAUACAGCUGAUCCUUAUGCUAACAAACAAAACAAAAACUAAGUUAAAUGUAAAGAAUAAGGAAUCUAUAAGACAUUGUGUUGAAAUUUUGAAACCCUGCGGAUUUUUGGAAGAAAACAUUAUCGUUGACUUUCAUGCUGGAGGUGAAAAAAAUCUAAAAGCCUUGAAAAGUGAAACAAUGACCAGAAUCAAGAAAUGUCUGGAAAGAGAGUACAGAAUAGGAAUGACAAUUGAGGAGUGCAAAGAUGUUGCUCAGAACCUCAAUAUCACUGUUGAUGAAAAUAGCUUAGAAUGUAAUAACGGCAAGGAAAAAGCAUCAGCCUUACUGGAAAUUAUUUGUAAAGAUGGAACAAACAAUCUCAAAGCAAAACAUCUACCCUUGCAGUGCAGACCAUGGCAGGAAUGGGCAAAACUGAACACUGAAGAACACAGACAAGAGAAGAAAGGAAAUGAUAGUAUAGCCUCUUACAUGGACGGUAUCUCCAACAAGAUGAGAAAACUCCGGCAGGAACAGCUUCGGCUGUUUGAAAAACAUGACAUAUUGCAAAAUAUCUUUAUGAAUUUUGACCCAAAAGCAAAUCACCUGGAAAAUCUCUACUUUCUGCAAUGGUUAAAACUUUACUUAGAUGAAAUUUCAAGACGGAUCAUACCUGAUCUACAAAAACAAUGCAGUGAAAAGUGGAAUGACAUCCGCCGAAGUGGAGAUGAUGAAAUAUGUGAAGACUUGCAAAAUGAGCUCGAAAAGUGUGAAAAGGAAUUAGCAGAAUCUUCAUUUGGAAUUGAGCAUUUCUUCAGAGAAGUUGCUCAAGCUUACGAGGCUAUACAGUAUAUGGGGAGUAAAGAAAUGAAACAAAAAAUUCAUCAUCUUCCUAGAAUUAUGGCAAAAUUGAUGCUUCAUGGUCACCCUCUGGAGGUGAUGGAUGGGGAUGCUGCUCAUAUCCCAUUAAAGUGGGUUCAGGCUGUUCUUACACAGUUAUCAGAGGUAACAAAUAACAAGAAAGUGUUUGUACUUUCAGUUUUAGGAAUUCAGAGUUCUGGAAAAUCUACUUUGCUCAACACUAUGUUUGGCCUCCAGUUUGCUGUGGCUGCUGGAAGAUGUACUCGAGGUAUAUUUGCUCAGCUUUUGCCUAUCAGUGAGGAGUUUUGUGGCACCAAGUAUGAUUACAUUUUAGUCUUAGACACAGAAGGUCUACGGGCAGCAGAAUUGGGUAAAGCAAAGCUGAAACAUGAUAACGAAAUUGCAACUCUUGUUAUUGGUCUUGGAGAUGUCACACUGGUCAAUAUUAAAGGAGAAAAUGUCUCUGAGCUGGAGGAUGUUCUGCAGAUUGUAAUUCAUGCCUUGCUGAAAAUGCGUCUAGUGAAUAGAAACCUUUCUCUUCAGCCUUCAUGCAUUUUUGUUCAUCAGAAUGUUUCUGCUCAAGAUGCUUCCCAGAAACUAAGAAGUGGCCAACAGAAAUUUAUGGAAACACUAGAUAAGGUGACUGAGGCUGCAGGUAAGCAAGAGGAUUCGCAAAACUACACCAGAUUCAAACAGGUCAUCAAUUUUGACAUUGAUACAGACAUUUGGUACAUUUCUGACCUAUGGAAGGGUGACCCACCUAUGGCUCCUGCUAACCCUGGUUACAGUGAGAACGUAAAGAAAUUAAAGCAGAUUCUGCUAAAAAGCGUAAUGCUAAAGCGACCAUUGCAUCUUACUAUAGAUCAGUUUUGUGUCAGACUGAAAGACAUUUGGGAUGGUGUCUUAGAUCAGAAUUUUGUCUUCAGCUUCAGAAACAGUCUUGAGAUGGAUGCUUACAACGCCCUUGAAAUUGAACAGUCCAACAUUUCGUGGAUGUUAAAAUCAGCUGAGAUGAAGUGGUCUAGCAGUAAGAAAAACUUGAUAGUGAAUAGGGACACGAAACUAGAUGAUCUAAGAACAUGUUUGAUACGAGAGUGCAGGUUACAUCUUGAACAAGUAUAUCAAGAAGCACGAGAAAAGCUUGAAAUUUACUUUCAAAACAACGAAUACCAGUCCUUGUUUGAGCAAUGGCGAGUGAGUGCUAUGCUAAGGUUAGAGGCCAGUUAUAAAAGUCUAGUGGAGAAAGCUGUUGAAAACAUUAACACUGAAAUUUCAAAGAGACAGAUCAAAAUAAAUGAAAAGAAUGAUAUACAAACUAACAUAACCAAAAUAAUGGAUGAAGCAAAAAAACUUGCGAGAGAAUUACAACAGAGCAACGAUAUGUGCCUACUCGAUGAAGCGGAACUAAGGUGUUUUUUCAAUGAUAAGUGGACUGAAUGGAUGAGUGCGAUACCUCAGAACAUUAGGGAAAGUCUUGAUGUUCAAAGAGAAAUAGAUUGUAUCUUGGACAGUACUUACGCAACCGAAUUUACUUUACUCAACAAAGCUCGAAAGGAGAGGCAUCACACAAUAGUGCAUGAUAAUUUUUGGUAUGCUAUAGAACAAUACAUUUUAGAAAAGACAACAAAGGCCUACCUACUUCAUCCUUUCACUGAUAAGACAGAGACUGCUCUCAAAUUUCUGAAUAAAUUGUUGAAAAAAGUCGGGUCACUAUUUAGCAAUGAAGGAACUCAAACUACACUAAAGGAGUGUACCAAAGCUCUAAUUGACAUUGUCAGAGACACAAUACAGAAGAUGACAGAAGACUUGAAUUUUAAAAACGAAAAAGAGUUUAAGAUUUGUAUAAUAAUGUUUACGUGGCAAUAUGCUUGCUUUAUGCAUCAUAGAUUUUUAGAAAAGAAACCUAAGCAAGACACCUAUCAUGAAAUGGUGGAUUAUGGCAUUCAGCCUGAGUUUGAAGAAGUCCUUCUACAAUAUUUUCCUGACAGUGCUACAAAAGUGAAAAAUCAAAUCAGGACACGGCUUACUUACCAAAGAAGCUCCAGAAAUUUCACUGUCAUCACUCAAAAACACAUCAAAGACCCAAAAAUUAGCCAGGAAGAUGCCAGGGCAUACAUACAAGAGCUUGUCAAUGUAUUGUUUGAUGAUGUUCAAUCAUACAUAGACGAAAUUGAGAUUCAGUGUUUCAGGGAUAUUUACAUUGAAAAAAUCAUACGCAUGAUAAUAGAGAUGGAAGGUCUGUGCAAAGACGUGACAGCAUUAACAAAAACUUUCAAAAUUGAGUUAGCUGUUUACUUGUGUCAGUAUUCAGUUCCAAUGUUUUGUGAUAAACAUAAGGCAUACCUAGAAUCUAUGGAUCAACGGUUGAUAUAUGAGAGAGAUAACUAUGGCCCUUGCUUCGAAAGUUUUGCAAAUUUUUACUACAGGUCCACAAAUGAACAAGCACUUGCCAGUGUUCUAUCAGAACGAUUAUGCAACGCAAUAGAAAAAGCUAUUCGUGUCAACUUGAGAACAGAACUGGUGGAAGACAUUAGGAAUAACGUUCCAGAAUUAAGACUCAAACCGAGCUUCCUGCGGGCUGUCUUACAUAAGCUUUUAGUAGAAGACGAUUUUGAACAAUUUUAUCUUUACCUCACUGACAGGGAUACUUGCCUCCAGCAGUGGCUCUCAUAUUUCAUUGACCAAUAUUUGUUUACCUCAGAGAGAGGUGAACUGAACAGAUACACAAAGAUUGCUUUCAGGAAUAUAGAAAGACUUCUAUCAGUAACCUGUGAGAUGAUCGUUAGGCCUUUACCGAGCAGCAGUGAAAAAUCUAUGGAUUCAUGGUUUGAAGAGUUCAUUCAAAGGGUAACUGAUAAAUUGCCAUUACCCCUGCAAGAUUUGCUGGGUCUAGCAGAUGGCUACAAAAUUGUUUCCUUAGAAUCUUUCGCGAACCAACUGAGUGAUAAAAUACGAAAUUGUCAAGAUAAAUUGCAAGGAACCUUUAAAAAUCACACUCCAGAUCACCAGAAGGCUAUUCAGGAGAAUAACAUUUACAAAUUAAUUGCUAAUGAAUGCAAGGGGUGUACAGAAAAGUGUCCCUUCUGCUAUGCACCUUGUUCAUUGAAUACAUGUGGACAUACAGAGUUGGGGAUAGAUCAUUUUGCACUGGCACACCACCCGCAAGCAUGUGGGAGCUGUAGAUACCAAAUCUCUGGGAAACUCGCUACAGAAAGCUGUGAAGCUCUUGUUGCCAGUAAUGUUUUUUUUGUGCGCAGGGAAAAUAACUGGAUACCGCAUUUAUACAAGAAUUACAAGAAGAUUUUCCCAGACUGGAAAAUCCAAGGCGAUGCAUCAGUGGAAGCAACGCCGUAUUGGAAGUGGUUUUUAGUGAAAUACGAGCGGCAGCUGGCGGAGAGAUACAAGGCAGAAAGGCCUGACAUCCCUACGUCUUGGAAAACCAUAACUAAAGAGGCUGCGUUGAAAUUUCUGGAACAUUAGGAAUCUUACAGAAAACUUUCUAUUUUCCUUGCAAACUUUUUUGUAGUAAACAAGGAUGCACUUAGUGACUUAUUUUGAAAGGAUGUAUUACAAAACUCCAUACUGUAAAGCUAUAAUGCAUUCCUGUUUGACUCUUGUCCGCUAAUAGUGUUUUAAGCACACUUCACUUCUGAACCAUACAUAGAACAUUACGACUACUUGCAUGAUCACAGCAUGACUGAUUUUUGUCCCCACAUUUCUGUUCUUCAAAUUCUUACCUCAUCUUUUUUAUCUGCAAAUAAUUUUACUUAUUUUCUACUGUCUCUUCCUCACUAUGAUUUGGGUUUUCAGUCAUCUUUAUUAGAUUUUUCAAAAUGACGACUCUCAUUCAAUAGUUUUUUAUGCGUGUUACUCUGCCAAUACUACUCACCUUCCCAAAUUGAAAUAUAAUACUAAGACAUUGGAUGGUUACAGAGAGACCCUUUUAACCUGCUCUGCACCACUUCCUGAAGACUGACCUGACUCUUCCCUCCAUUUACUUCACCAUUAGAUACUGUCAUGCCUUCAGUUUUGAGAACCAGGGUUAAUUAGACUAUUAUAUUAUUAUUUUUCUUCUGAAACUCGUUGCUUAUCUAGUCAAUUUUCCAGGUCUCGUAAAUUGUUCAUUUUUUUCUUGGUGUCUGAGGUUAAAUUGUUGUCCCCUUCUAAUUUUAGUUCAUUACAUAAGGAAGAGAUAUGUUCUACAUUAUUCUCUUUAGCUCUUGCGUUUUCCCUGGAAAUCAUCCUUCAGGCCAACAAACUGAGCUCGACUUUCAUCUACGAUAACUGUUGAUGGCGUUCAAGUGUUCCCAGGAAAGAGAGCUGCCAUACUUGCUGCUGUCACUAACCUCACAAAUUUCCUCGUGGCUGCAUUACUUUUAGACACGUUGGAAAAGUAGCUUGUUGCUAUGAGUGAUUUCUCCUGAGAAAGAUUAUUUCGUAUGGCCCUGUUACAGACCCAUAUAUGUUGUCUAGUCCAACCAGAUCAUCAUCGUUCAUGUUUUGAGCCACUAAUGGCCCCCAUUCAGUUAAUCAGAUGGACCCUUUUAUUUGUCAGUUACUGUUUGUAAAUCUCUUGAUUAUCUUGUUCUUCUGUGUCAUAAAUGUUGUUUUUAAUUAGAUCUCUCCUUGGUUUCUCCUUGUGAUUUAAAUUUCCAAGUUUUUUCCAGUUGUUGUGUAGCUAAUUAAGAUAGUUUGGAUGUCACAUGUAUAGAAGUCUGCUUUUCUGUAUCAUUGUUACAUGUAUCUUAUUGUUAGUGAGAAAUAUCACAACAGAAAUGAAUUGAAUAUUUUUCGAUAUUUCAUGUAAUUUUAUGGCUGAAUAUGAAUUGUAAAUAGCAAAUAUUUUUUGAAAAUAUAGUUAUAAAAAAUA